GCACGCGGUAUAUGGGAGUGCAGAUGCAGGGAAGUUUGAGAGGAAAAUAUCAGUUUGGAAGAUAAGCAGGUACAUCAUACAUGUAUCCAGUAUCACUGUCAGUGUGAAGAUGUGGUCAAAUGCACCAAUGCCAGGCUGGCCAAUGCAGCAGGCAUCCUACAGUAACGUGGCCUCGGAACAAGUUGAUUGGGCUGCCCUGGCCAAGCAAUGGAUUGCCCAGAAGGAAGCUCAGGACCAUGGAGGAGGUAUGAUGAUGGGGGCUCCCCCUCCGCCCCCUCCUCCACUACCUAUGCAUAUACCAAUGCCAGCAGACAAUCACAACUCGUCCCAUGGCCAUGGAGAUCACAUGAUGCCAGCAGCAGCACCACCCCACCAGCAGGGCCAGUGGGGGGCCAGGCCUAAUUGGGGGGGUUGGCAAGGCCAAGGAUUCCAGGAGCAGGGAGGUUGGAAUCAUGGCCAGCCACCACCUUUGCCUCCAGAACCAAAGGCACCUGAGGUUCAAACAUUUGAUUACGGUCACGGAGGGCAGUCGGCCGGGUUUCAACCUCCACAAGAUCAUCAAGAACAUCAGGGAUUUCAGUACAAUCAAGUCCCACCAGAAUCGUUUCAUCAGCAGGACUACAAUAGCUACUGGGACAACCAAACACCUCGUCCUGAGGCAGACGAACCAUCGAGUCAUCGAGAUCGGUGCAACAGUCGACACGAACGUGAUGGACGACGAAGUGGACGUGAUCAUCUUCAUCACUCGCGUUCCCAUCAUUCCCCACCCCCCAUGUCUCAUCUCCCGCCACCGGUGCCGCCAGAUCUACCCAUACCAAAAGUUGAAGAUGAAGAAUCGGCUGGAUUAGAUGCUGCUAAGCGGCGUGCCCUGCCGGCCUGGAUCCGUGAAGGUUUGGAGAAGAUGGAGAAGGAGAAGACGAAGAAGCAUGAGAAGGAGUUAAAGGAGAAAGCAAAGAAGGAAUUAGAAAAGGUGAAGGAAGAGGAGAGAGAGGCCAGGUUGAAGGAUGGAGAUGAACCAACUGUUGUCAAGAGCAAAUUUGAUUCCGAUGAUGAGAGUGAGAAUGAGAGUCCGAAACCACCAGCUGUUAAGGCUGAGGAAGGUGAGAAGGCCGAGUCACCAGGGGUGAAGGAGGGUGAAGAAGAGGAGCCUGAGGUCAGUGAGGAAGAGAGGCAACAGAGACUGAUCAUUAAAGUGAAGCGGUGGCUGACAGAGAUCCUGAUUGAGGUGACUGGUCAGGAGAUCGAGUCUGUGGCCGAUGAGGUCUGUUACCGUGAGAAAGGCAAAGCCAGAAAAGCUAAGCAGCUGGCCAAGUCUUCUGCUUUGGCUUCUAUUGGAUCACUGGGUCUCCAGUAUGGUUCCGACAGUGAAGCCUCUGAGAAGGAAGACUCAUCAUCGUCCGAGGGAGACUCGGAGGCUGAGCUCGAGCAGGCAAUCCGCGAGAAGAAAGCUGCAUUCCUGCUGCGUGUGAAGGAGGAGGAGGAAGUCGAGCGGAAGGAGAGACGAAGGGAGGAGGAGCGGGAAAGGGAGAGAGACCGCCAGGGUAGGAGGGAGCAGGAGGAGAAAGAACGGAAAGAGAGAGAGGAACAGGAGAAGGUGUCUAGACUCUUACAGAGCACCAUCACUGAGGAGGACGAGAGCUAUCACUUUGAGAAGAAAUACAAAGCGAUCCCUGGACUGGAGAAUGAGGAUAUGGAUCAACACAAAAAGUGCCGGUCUUCGCGUGUGAGGGCCGAGGGAUCAAAGCGAAAAGACGAGUCCAAGUCAAAGAAGAGGAAAGUGCACAGUGCAACCAAUGACAGUGACAGCUCAAGUUCUGACUCUAGUGACUCUUCCGACUCAUCGAAGAAGAGUGAGUCGACGGGCUCUUCAGAUGAGCAGGUACCUGACUGGAGUGAACGACGGGAACGGAGGGAUGAGGAACCGGGGAGGGAGAGGACAAAGGGUAGUAGUCGGUAUGAGGAGUAUAGGAGGGGGGAGAGUCGGGAGGAAGGGGAGGGCAGUGAGGGCAGACGUGGGGGGUCGACUAAAGAGAGGGACAGGGGCUUACGAAGGGACUAUGAUCGACACUCUAGUAGAACUAGCUUGCAUGGUACUAGUAGUAGGGGUGAGGACCCGUACGACUAUAACAAACGGGAUAUAGACAAAUAUAAGUAUGAGGACCGGGAGAGGAGUGGGGAGAGGCGUAAGAGACGGAGCAGGAGUGGUGACGGGGAUCACGACCGACGUAGUGACCGCGAUAGACAUAGGCGCAGUAGGAGCUAUGAUAAGUAUGGUGACCAUGGACGUGACUACCGUGAUGAUGACCGACGGGGGAGCAAGUAUGAAGACGAUUAUGAGAAGUACAAAGAUUACGAAGAUGAUCGAGAAUCAAAAUCAAAGUCGCGACGAUAUGACAGGUCGCCCUCCUACGAGUUAGAGUCUUCAAGGAAGCGGAAGAAAAGCUCUGAUGGGUCAAGGUCAUCCAAGAAGUCGAGGAGAGAUCGUCACCGGGGGAGUGAUUCAGAAUCAGAUGGUCACGGUAAGAAGUCGAGAAAACACAAGUAUAGAUGAAGAUGACAGCAACAUAAGGUGGGCCAAACUUUUACUUCCGUACUUCACUUCUUGUUUCAGGUUCAAUACCAGAGGGGUCUGCAAUGUUGUGUCUGACUGAUCAGUUAUCAAUGCUCUGUGUCGCCUGUAUUUUGAGUAUGAAGUUCAUGAACAAGUUGCCUCUUCUUUAGCAUGUGAAGCCUGGAGAGUUUAUGGUGAAAAUGGGUCAUCAUGAUUACUGGUUUUGAAAAAAGCGCUGUAUAUUUUGAAUUGUCUGUUCAAGUUGUGUUUCCUAAAUCACUGGAUAAAGCGUACAGCCACCAACGUCACAAAAUCAUGAAAUGUGAACAUUAGAAAUCAUGAGUGGUGGACUUGCUUGGUUCUUGUAAACCUCUAGCUGGUCAUUGCAUGCCCUCUCUGGUACAUACAGUAAGUGAUUGUAGUCAAAUGUGUUGGUUGGUGUCAGGUGCACGCACAUCCCUCAGUGGGGAGAAUACAUAGGCAUUUGGUGCACAGAGGUGGACAUUCCCGAGUAGGGAGAAUACAUUACAAGGACUCACAUUAUCCUGGUGCUCUUAUAUCAUGAAUUUUGGGGAUGCAUCUUGUGAGUUGGCUAAACACGUUCUACAAAAUCGAUUUGAAAACGAUUUUUCAAAUGACUUUCUUUUUCUCUUUGUAUUAUGGGUGAUGAGAAAUGACUAUCAGUGGUCAAUGGGCUCGGUCUCAGUGGACGUGGGAGAGUCUCCAAAAAAUCAAGUUCACAUUGGCAGGGUGUUUACUUCUUGCGUUUGCUAGCUAUGAAAAGUGGCUGUGAAGUUGUGUGCUUUGCUUCAUUCCAGGGUUAACUAAGAUACAACUGUUUUGGAUAGGAUCAGUGUUAUGAACUCUUUCCUCAAUGCAUAUCGUGGUGGAUGGAAGUGGAAUACCAGGACGAGUUGUAUUGUCAAAUAUGGAUGAGGCAGCGAGUUUUGGGAGGCGAUAUCAUGGACUUGUGAUUAGUAAGAUCAUUUGGAUACAGGCAAUGAGUCUUCGGAGUAAAGUCAAUAUGUGACAUGUGUUUUCUGAUGGAACAUAGCCACAUUUGCUUCUGCAGAAUCUUGCCAUUUGUCAGCCAAAUCUUUGAAAUUACCGCUUCUAAGUACCUAUCAUGAGUGUCCUGGCCCAGUACAAGGACUUUGAUGGGAAAUUAUUUAGCCAUUUGUGAAACCUUGAGGAUGUUCUCAGAAAAUUUAUCAAAAUAUGGAUUUAACUUUUGUGAUACUGUCUGCACUUGUGGCUGUAUUCUGCUGUUGAAGAAUUCUACUAAUAAAUGAAAACUUGAUUAUUAUUCAAAUGGAAUGUACUUAUUACCUUGAGAUGAUGUUACAGGAGACAUACAUCAAAUGUUUAUGCAUUGAAUGGAUAGAAGUUAAUAAAAAUACAGAGCUUUUUACUGCAGGUUGAGUUGACUGCACAAAUUGUUAAUGUCAAAAUACAUGUACACAUUGGGUAAAUUAUAUGCAGUUUCCUUCAAUAAUCUUAGCUCAGUGAAUCGGUUCACCGGUGUUCAUAAUCAAUGUUUCAUUUGAUUUUCUUCUAGCAUGAUUUAGACGCUUUAUGUUCAUCGUGUGUGCAAAAUCUUUUCAAGAUAACUUUGUGUGACCUCUGGUCACCGCUGAUUGUACCAAGCCUGAACAUACUGACUGACCUUGUAAUGAUGCAGUAUUUAUGUGUCCUACCUCUUUCAUUGCACAUCUGAUGUUCAACAUCUACGGAUACUUGCUGUUUUAAACAUUUGCAUGUCAAUGUCUGCAAGAACUAUGUAUUGUAUAAGAACUGACCGACUCUCUUAUGAAAUGUUGAAAUUUGAUUUGGAAAUAAGAUGGCUAGAGGCAUGCUAUUGCGAGCCGAUCUGGUGUAUAACAUAUUGUUUGUGCUUGCCUCCAGUAUGAUCAGGUCGCGAAACCAGGCAACCUAUUUUCAGGCUUGAACUUGUUCACUUAUUUCUAUAGUUUGCUUCAAACUACUUCCUGUUGACACUGUUAUCCUAGAAUGUGUCAGCCAGUAUCCUUGUCAUUGUGUGAGCUGUUUGUAAAAGAUACAGGAAGUGAAAAGAAUAGAAAACAAGAGGAGAUAAUCGACCAGUAGUACUUUCAAUAGAUCUGAAUUCUACCUGAAACAUUGACCUUACAAUUUCAAAUUCUGUCAUAUGAUGAUAAAUUGAAUCGAAUAGAAUGUUACUGGAGACAUAGUGUGGAUGUAGUGAUGAGAUCUUCAACUAAAAUAGAAUCCUAUAGGGACAACCUUCUCAUUUGAAAAUCAUGCACUUUGCGUAUCUUUAAAUGGUUUUCAAUGCCCGAAUAAAUCUCAUCCCUGAACUGUAUAAAGUGUAAAUAUUCCCCCCUCUGCGAUGUUGUCAUUGCAGGUUUUGAGCUGCCUGUAGAGUAGGAUUAUACAAGAUUUUUUAAGCUUGUGUUGUGACAGCUACACAUGUAGAGCUGGAAUAAAAGUUUUGAUGUCUUAA